AUGUCUGAACGCAUCAUCCCAGACGGCAACCCAGACGCUCACCCCAUCUCCGGCCUUGAGGAGUUCCAGGCUCAUCUAGCAGAGCUCGAAAACGACCCUUCUGUGCCGUUCAACCUCAAGCUUCUCGACGAUAUCGAGCUCCAGCUAACAGAAUCCAACAUCCCUCCUCUCCUCCCCACCGUCCUCCCUCCUCUCACCCAAAUCCUCAAGUCAACCACGCAAGAUCCUUCUCCUCUACUUUCUCUCACCAUCAAGCUCCUAUCGCCUCUCACCUUCACCCGCACCCUCACCAUCGCCGAUCCUCCAUCCAUCCUCACAGCCCUAAACUCUCCUCUCUCCGGCGCCAAUCUUCUCGCCCUCGCCAUCAUCCACAAGGCCGCCAAAGCACCAACCGAGGCCGCCCUCCUCAGCACUCUCCCCGAUGUCGUCGAGGCUCUCAUCCGCCGCUGGCUAGAGAGCCCGGACGUCGGCGUUGGCGAGCGCGCGGCCAAAGUGCUCGGCGACUUGCUCGAGUCAGACUGCGAAACCAUCCGGCCAGCAGAAGGAGUCAACGGUGCAAGCAGCUAUGACUUCAACGGCCUGAGCACCACCAGGCGUCGUAUCCCCGGCCACGGACGUCUCUGGCGCGUCAUCUUCACCCAGCGACCCUUCCUGGAACUCAUCAAAACGCUCUGCUCCCCUGAAACAGCACAUCCUCCCACUCGGCCUCGACACCAAACUUCCCUCUCACAAGGCCGUCUCCUACGCCUUCUCACUCGUCUCGCAACUCUCGAUAUCCGCGCCAUAAGCACAGCUCAUCACCAAGCUUUAUUCCCCCUUUCCACCACUGCCAUCGCCCCCAGUGACCAAGGGAUCCUGCAAUGGGCUGCCCUGGAGAUGCUAUCUGGUUCAGACGAUAUUCUCAUGCACCUCAAUCUCAUUGACUUUUUUGAGACUUUUGUCAGCGUCAUGCGCGUAUCUCGCCUCACUCCUGAAGAAAAUGCCAUUGUAAAAAAAUUGGUUAAAGUGGCGACCGAAGGGGAUGGCCAGCUGAAGGAGGCUCUGAGAGGAUUGCCGAAUCGGACUGUGGAAGAGGAAGCUGAGCCUUUGCGUGCGUAUAUCAGCGAUCUGCUAGAUUAA